AUGGAGGAGUUUGUCAGGAAGAAUGAUAUUAGAAAAGGUAAUUUUUCGUUUUUUUUUUCAAUCUGAAAUCAAUUUCAGAUUUUUUUUCAGAAAUAAUAUCAAGUUUCCCGUUUCAAAUGGCACUUUAUUAUAAUAUCCUCCUUUUUCCCUUUCAUAUAAUUAUUAUGGCAAUUGGCAUGUAUUUUAGGGUAAGUUAGCUUGAGUUAUGUUUUAAAUUACUUGUUUGUCUAAUUAGUCAAUUAUAUAUAAUUAAUUCCAGUAUGAUUUGUUUUCUCUGACAUAUCGUGUAAUUGUAUUCUCGGCGUGUUUUGUUCAUGUUUUUUCGGAGGCAAUUCGAUUGGCGCUUGGAUUUUUUGGAAAUUUGAUGGAGAAUGUGAGUUUUUUUGUUGAAAGUUCUGUGUUUUAUGGUAUUCAGCGCAAAUUUUUGAUCUAGAAAUUUUUAACUGAAAUUUUAAAAUACAAAGUUUGGUCCAUAAACUUGGUGAAAAUAUUCUAGAUCUUAAUUUUGCGCUGGAAAUAUGGGAAUUCUAUAAAAUUUCUGACAAUUCGAGACUUCGUGGAAAAAUUUGAUUCAGAAAUUUUUUUGGAUUUAGAAUAAAAAUAAAUCAUUUUCAACAUCCAAUUUUUCAGAUGUCAGCUCUGUCCGGAUUUCUAAUAACAUCAACAAUAAUUCAAAUUCCCAUCACACUUUUCCUAAUCUUCAAUUCUUCCUCCAAAAAACUGCCAAUCGAAUAUUUAUUCCUUGCAAUAUUCUUGAUCCUAAAUAUUUUCGAAGUGAUUUUCUCAAUCUCAACUCUGAAAAAAGUGGCAACUCGUGAGAUGAUAAAAUAUGCAUCGAAGAUUGUGAAAAACGAAUUCAAUCGACAAUUGGAAGCUGAUAUGAAUGAGAUGUUCGGACCGAAAAAAGAGAAUGAUGUUGAAAGAGAUCGAUUUUUGAAAGCAAUGAAAGAAGUGGAAAAAGAGAAGAAGGAAGAAGAUGAAGUUGAACUUGAUUGA